UGUGUGUUUGAGCUAACAUUGAAAGAAAUAACAGAAAUGAAGUACUUUGAAGACAAUAUUAAGAGACCAUACUUUCACAUCAAUGCCUUAGAUAUACAACAAUUAGACAAUUGGACUAAAUAUUUGAAUUGGCAAAUCAAACGCAACAUUACAUCCAAAGUUAUCCUAUUGUUUGAGAGAUGUCUUAUUACAUGUGCUCUCUAUGAACACAUGUGGGUCUGGUACACAAACUAUUUAAUAGAAAAGAGAUAUGAAAUGAUAAAAACAGGUAAUGAGUUUUCAGAAAACUUUGAUAUAAAUGCCAUAAGAGAUGUGUUUAGGAAGUCUACUGAAAUACAUUUGAGAAAGUCUUUUAAAUUACACAAUUUGUGGGCACUUUUUGAGGAACGGGAAGGAAAUAUCAAUGAAGCGCUCGCUAUUUUAGACAACUAUCAGUCAGCAAAUCCACAAUUUAUUGAAUCAAUUGUCAGUAAAAUUAAUUUAUUUCACCGAAAGGGUGAUAUAAAUGAAGUGCACUUACAGUWUGAGUCGGCAAUUGACAAGUUUUGCGAUUUCCCAAAACUCUGUUCCCAUUUAUCGAUAAGAUAUAGUCGUUUCCUCUUUAAGAUCGUUGGCGACACUCAACGUGCGGUCGAUGUGUUGAACAAUGCACUCAAAAUUGAUUCAAACAAUUAUAACCUAUACUUGCGAUUGAUUGACAUUGAAUAUCAAAAGUCAGAUCUGGAUGUAAGCAAAAUUGAGGACUUAUUUGAACUAAUGAUCACCAAAACUGAUUCACAACACAUAAAGUUAUCGAUGACACAAAGGAAACUGGAAUUCAUGCAAGACUUUGGCUUCAGUUGUCUUAAAAUUCAGGCGACAAUCAAUCGCUUACAGAAUCUGAUGCAUGGCUUUGACGAGACAUUAGUUGAUAUAAAAUCAGCAAAUUUUAAACGAUUUAAAAAUCAAUGA